AUGAAUCGACUCUUGAUUACAUAAACUGGAGAAUAACUAAGAAAUGAAAUGAAAUAAACAGCCUACCAAGAAAGGGAUGGAAAACAAGUUAAAAAGAAGGAAUAGAGAUUCCCUCAACUUGUUCGUUAACCUACCAAUCUAUUGAUCGAUACUGAGAGGGAUAAUAUUUUGUAUCAAAAGACUCUGUCGGAAGUUGCCCUUUCCAAUCUCAAUAGAGUAGCUAGUCUUAGUUUAUUGGGCCAAAGAAGCAAAAAUAAAUUAGAAACUCACAUCAGAGAAGAGUUGAAUCUGCCCAAUAACUUUUCUUAUUUAAAUUAGAGUCUUGACAAGCAAUUAAAUAAAAUUCUUUCAGAUAAGGAUUUGAAAACCAAGAGAAAAAGACAUCUUUUGACAGAAUUGAAACGAAUUGAUUAAAAAAGAACAACUUCCAAUAAUGAUGAUAUCUCCCACUUCUCUUCAUGCAUCGAAGAUUAUGAUAAAAAUCAAAAGAUGACUGCCAUUAUCAAUGCAGAAGGCAAAUUGGCUUAGUUGACCAGGAGAUACAAGUAAAAGGAAUUAAAUGAUUAAAAAUUAAAGUUGAACCUAAAUAUAAGUUUAGAGAAAAUGUAAGAACGUAAAAACAUGCGAAUUGAUGCUAUUAAUCCUCUGAGUCCUGUUUAGAUGAAAAUAAAUUCUUAAAGAUAAUUCGAUGAAAUGUUUUAUGAUAAUUCAGAUGAAAGAUUCCAGAAUAGAUUACAAGAGAAACAUGUAAAAUAAGUAUGUUAGGUAUGGAAUCAGCAUCAAUUUCCAAAGUAAACAAAGCGCUGGAUGUAAUUCAUAUAAAAUGCACAAUAAAAGAAAAAAUAAUGA